ACAGGCGGAAGUGAACCUGCUGUCAGCGAGUCAGUGAGUCAGUGAGACAGACACAUCUGCAGUCAGUGAGACAGACAGACAGAAGUUAUAUGCAGUCAGUGAGACACACAGAAGUUAUCUGCAGUCAGUGAGACAGACUGAAGUUAUUUCACAUUUCACCUACGCUUCAACUAUGGCUGAAAGUAAAGGAAAAUUUGACUUUGCGAUUGAUCGUGGAGGAACCUUCACCGAUGUGUUCGCCCGUUUGCCAGAUGGUAGGGAGAGGGUCCUCAAACUUCUGUCACAUGACCCCCAAAACUACAGAGACGCUCCUACUGAGGGCAUCCGCAGAGUGCUUGAGGAGGAAAGUAAGCAGAGCUUUCCUCGGGAUCAGCCUUUGGACUCCUCUCUGAUUGGUUGGAUUCGGAUGGGGACCACAGUGGCGACUAAUGCUUUGCUGGAACGCCAGGGAGAGAGAACAGCUUUAGUGGUGACGCGUGGAUUUCGAGAUCUGCUGCAUAUUGGCACGCAGGCCCGACCGGACCUGUUUGAUUUGAAAGUGUGUAUGCCGGAGCUGCUCUAUGAGGAGGUGAUUGAGGUGGAUGAGAGGGUGAUUCUCACACAGGAUUCCUGUCAGCUACCCAGAGAUCAACCCAAACGCAUGGUAACAGGUAGUACAGGAGACAGUCUGGAGGUCUGGCGUGAACUGGAUCUUGAUCAAGCAGAACAGGAUUUGAAGCAUGUGCUCACCAAAGGCAUCCGAAGUCUCGCUGUGUUGUUACUCCAUUCUUACACGUGGUCGUCUCACGAGAAAGCUGUGGGAAAUUUGGCGAAACGCCUUGGUUUUACGCAGGUGUCUCUUUCUAGUGAAGUGAUGCCCAUGGUGCGAGCAGUGCCUCGUGGAUACACUGUAUGUGCAGACGCUUACCUCACGCCAAAAAUACACCGGUACCUCGCUGAAUUCGCUGCAGGUUUCAGGGGAGGAUUAAAGGGUGUGGAUGUGUUGUUUAUGCAGUCUGAUGGAGGUCUGACACCCAUGGAGCAGUUCAGUGGCUCUCGGGCCGUGCUCUCAGGCCCUGCUGGAGGAGUUGUGGGCUACGCCGUCACCUCAUACAGCUUAUUCGAAAACAAACCUAUCAUCGGCUUUGAUAUGGGAGGUACCUCGACAGAUGUGAGUCGGUACGCCGGUCGGUAUGAACAUGUGUUCGAGGCGACUAUUGCUGGAAUCACCCUACAGGCUCCACAGCUGGACAUCAGUACUGUAGCAGCUGGAGGAGGCUCUCGACUCUUCUUCAGGUCUGGGUUGUUUGUAGUAGGCCCAGAAUCGGCUGGGGCUCAUCCCGGACCGGCCUGCUACAGGAAGGGUGGCCCUCUGACCGUCACCGAUGCUAACCUCGCUCUCGGACGCCUGCUGCCCUCCUUCUUCCCUCGAAUCUUUGGACCUGGAGAAAACGAGCCUCUCUCAGCCGACGAAACCACAAAGCAUUUCCAGGCGCUCACGCAAGAGAUUAACCACUUCCUCUCUACUAACCAAUCGUCGAGCAGUACUCCAGGAAAGGACCAAUCAGAAAUGACCAUAGAGGAAGUUGCCAUGGGCUUCAUCAGGGUGGCUAACGAAGCCAUGUGCCGUCCAAUCAGAGCACUCACACAGGCUAAAGGCCAUGACACGUCUGAGCAUGUGCUAGCAUGUUUUGGAGGAGCGGGUGGCCAGCAUGCAUGUGCCAUCGCAAGAGCCCUAGGGAUGAAGACCGUCUUUAUACACAAAUAUAGUGGGGUGCUGUCAGCAUAUGGUUUGGCUUUGGCUGAUGUGGUAGAGGAGGUUCAGGAACCCUGUUCAUUACAGUAUGUAGCAGCUUCAUACUCUGAGCUGGACGGCAGGAUAAAGCAGCUUUCUCAGCGAUGUGAGGAGAAACUAUCUGAGCGUGGCUUCAGCAGCUGUCAGAUGAGUAUGGAGGUCUUUCUGCACAUGCGAUAUGAAGGUACAGACUGUGCGCUCAUGGUGACGGCCGCAGGUCACCCCAGUAACUCUCUCUCCUGCAGUUCUGGAGACUUCAGCACGGCCUUCACUAAACGAUAUAUGAAAGAGUUUGGCUUCACUAUCGCCGAUCGUCCAAUUGUGGUGGAUGAUAUCCGUGUGCGUGGUUGUGGGAAGUCUGGAAUUAGGUCAGAGGUGCAGAUCAGGGCAAGGCAAAGAUCUCUGGCACCAGUUAAGGUGACACAGUGUUAUUUUGAGGAAGGUUAUCUGAGCACCAGUGUGUAUCUAUGGGAAGAUCUGACAUGUGAUCAUAGCAUCCAGGGACCAGCGAUCAUCAUCGAUCAGAACAGUACAAUUCUCGUAGAGCCGUCGUGUGUCGCUCGGCUGACGGAGGCUGGUGAUUUGUGUAUCGAUGUCGGGAUGGCAACGCAGUGUGCUUUAGGAACCGAACUUAACGCGGUCCAGCUGUCCAUCUUCUCUCAUCGCUUCAUGAGCAUCGCAGAGCAGAUGGGUCGAGUUUUGCAGAGAACCUCCAUCUCCACCAAUAUAAAGGAACGUCUGGAUUUCUCCUGUGCUGUGUUCGGUCCUGAUGGAGGUUUGGUGUCUAACGCCCCUCACAUUCCCGUUCAUCUGGGGGCUAUGCAGGAAACUGUACAGUACCAGAUUCAGACAGCAGGUGGCAGUAUAAAGGAAGGAGAUGUGAUUCUCAGUAAUCAUCCCUGUGCAGGCGGCAGUCAUCUCCCAGACCUAACCGUCAUCACCCCUGUGUUUCGGGAUGGGGUGAGCUCCCCGGUGUUUUUUGUGGCCAGCAGGGGUCAUCAUGCUGAUAUAGGGGGCAUCACUCCAGGCUCAAUGCCUCCUCACUCCACCUCUCUGCAGCAGGAGGGCGCCGUCUUCAUAUCCUUCAAGCUAGUGACGGGUGGAGUCUUCCAGGAGAAAGCUGUGACUGAAGCCCUCAUGGCACCAGCGCAGUACCCAGGAUGCUCCGGCACACGCAAUCUCCGUGACAACCUGUCGGACUUGCGGGCGCAGGUUGCAGCCAAUCGGAGGGGCUGUCAGCUGGUGGGGGAGUUGAUUGACAGCUACGGUCUGGAGGUGGUCCAGGCAUACAUGGGCUACAUUCAGAGUAACGCAGAGCUCGCGGUUCGAGACAUGCUGAAAGAUUUUGCCCACCGUCGCCAGCAGGAAACCGGCUCUCUUGAAGUCAAAGCCGAAGAUCAGAUGGAUGAUGGGACGCUGAUCAAACUAAAGGUCCAGAUCAAUAAAGAGCAGGGCAGUGCUGUGUUUGAUUUCACAGGCACAGGGACAGAAGUUUGGGGUAACUGUAAUGCUCCUCGAGCCAUCACCCUGUCAGCCCUCAUCUACUGUCUGAGGUGUAUGGUGGGUCAGGAUAUUCCUCUUAACCAGGGCUGUCUGACCCCUGUUAAAGUCAUCAUUCCUGCUGGCUCUAUUCUGCAGCCGUCUAUGCACGCUGCGGUGGUUGGCGGUAACGUUCUCACUUCACAAAGGGUGGUGGAUGUCAUCUUUAAAGCUUUCCAAGUGUGUGCAGCCUCCCAGGGCUGCAUGAACAACAUUUCGUUUGGCUGUGAGAAGAGCGGCUACUAUGAGACAGUUGCUGGGGGAGCGGGGGCGGGGCCGGGCUGGAACGGGCGGAGCGGCGUCCACAGUCACAUGACAAACACCCGGAUCACUGACCCUGAAAUCUUAGAGAAGAGAUAUCCAGUGGUUUUGGAGCACUUCUCCCUGCGGCCAGGUUCUGGAGGUUCGGGUCUGUACCGCGGAGGUGACGGAGUCAUCCGGAAACUUCUGUUUCGCAGUCCGGUUGUUCUGUCGGUUCUGAGCGAGAGACGCUCCACGCAGCCCUAUGGACUCCACGGAGGUACAAAUGGAGAACGUGGCCUGAAUUUGUUACGUAAAACAGACAACAGAAUGUUAAAUUUAGGAGCCAAGAACAGCAUCAGCUUGGACCCUGGGGACAUGUUCAUUUUAUUUACACCUGGUGGUGGAGGAUAUGGACAUGCGGAUGAGCAGGACACCGAAGAUCAGAUUCCCUCUAAACGACGGUGUAUUAAUGGGUCCUCAGAGAUAGAGAAAAAGACUUGAAGAUCUACUUACACGAUGCGUUCAGAUAACAACUUUUGAAGAAAACAACGGUUUUGAAGAAAUAAAGAUUCAAAGGAA